AUGACAAAAAAACAGAAAGCAGGGCUAGCAUUCAAGUCAUUGGAUGAAACAUACGAGUUCUACAAUGAUUACGCAAAGGAUGCUGGAUUUAGUGUCAGGAUUAGUAAGGAGAAGAAAAAGAAAGAAACAUGUGAGGUUUUUUGGAAACGAUACGUUUGUUUUAAGGAAGGUGAAACAGAUGAGACGUGGAGGAAAAAAAAAGACAGUGAGUCUACACAAAUAGAAAGAGAACGAGGUAAUGUUCGUGAAAAUUGCAAAGCAACGUUAACAGUAGUUUAUGAUGGGUUCAAUUUUGUAGUUAAGACUUUCAUUGAGGAACAUACUCAUCCACUUGCAACACCAUCUAGAGUACACUUGUUAAGAUCUCAUCGUGGUGUAUCAGAUACAAAAAUAAAGUUGAUGAAAAAGUUUUCCAAUGUGAACAUUCCAUUAUAUCAACAAUUCGAACUCUUGGAGACACAAGCUGGUGGACAUAAAAGUGUUGGGUUCAUAGAAAGAGAUUUAAGAAAUUUUGCGCAAGAUGAGAGGGAGAAAAUAAAGGGUCAUGAUGCAGAAAUGUUAUAUGAGCUUCAAAUCGGAGGAAGAUAA